UCAUGGAGCCGCGCGGGCCCUCCUGCCCCGGCAGCGUCCUCUUCGGCUGUGAGCUGACCGCCAGUACCAAAUCCUACACAUUUCAGGUGGAUGAAGAAGAUGACUCUGACCACAUUUUAGCACUAUCUGUGGUGUGCCUCACUGAUGGUGCCAAGGAUGAGUGCAACGUGGUGGAAGUGGUUGGGCGGAACCAUGAGAACCAAGAGAUAGCUGUGCCUGUGGCAAAUCUGAAGUUGUCAUGCCAGCCCUUGCUGAAUCUGGACAACUUCAAGCUGCAGCCUCCAGUGACCUUUCGCCUGGCAGCGGGCUCUGGGCCAGUGCACCUUGCUGGCUGGCACAGGAUCAUGCACAGGGAAGAUGCUUCCUUUGAGGAGGACGAUGACUUGUCCGAGGAGGAUGAGGAGGAGCUUCCUCCUAUUAAGCCAGCCAAGAAGUAGGUGGAGGAAGAAGUAACUUGUCUCCAGGCAAGGUACUCUCUGGGACUUCUCUCCCUGGAUGGUUUUUAUCUUGGACACCUCUUGCCAGGACCUCAACGUUUGCUGCUUUUUUUUUUUUUUUUUUUUUUAAUGCUGUUUUAACUUUUUGAGGGAGCAGGGUCUGCUCCCAGCACUAGGGUGUCUCCUUUUACACAGCCCUGGGAGGAUGAUCCCAAAGCUGGAUGGAUGCUGCUGGUAUAUCCCCUCUCCCAGAUCCCUCUUCUGGGAGUUGGGGUUAGAGGAGGUGAUCCUUACCCUGUGCCUUUUUGCUAUCCUGGACCUCUGCUCUGUGCACCCCCUUUUCCUGGCUGUGAAAUACUCAAUCCAGGCCCUUCUCCAGCAGAUGGAUGCAAAGCCAGUACGACAGGCACUUUCACCGAUUCUAACAUGUUUGCUUUUGCUUACUCACAGUUUGGUGCUUUUUAUGUACUUGGAAGUGUGAAAGUGGGGCCCAGGCUCUGUUCUUGACUGCAAUUAUGGUGGGGUGGGAGCUCACAGUCUGUCUGAUUUGGGGGAGGUUCUGGGUCAAUCUGCAUUGUAAAGAACUGUUCUUACACUCAAUAAAGAUCUCUCAGGCUCAGGUCUGAAGAAAGGUUA